AUGAAGCUAGUUUACGCCGUUGCACCUCUAGCGGCCGCUGUCGUUGCCGCCGGCACCAAAGCGAACUGCCCUCCUCGUCCAGCCACCAGGGCUCAACAAAAAGCCGCAUUCGAACAAGCAGUGCAAAUCAUGGUCGUCAACCGAGACUACCGCGUAGGCGCCAACAAGUUCUAUAGCGAGGACUAUAUCAAUCACGACCCGGAUGUAUUGUCCGGCCGCCAAAACUCCAUCGACUUCUUGGAGUCGCUACCGCAAGGGAUCAACAUCACAAUCUCCAGUAAGGCGAUUGAAGGAGGUUAUGCGUACGUCCUUCAAAAGAUCGACAUGCCCGGUAGCCCAUCGCUGGCCUGGACAGAUGUUUGGAGAUUCGAAGGGACCUGCAUCAUUGAGCAUUGGAGUAUCCACAUGCCCAAACCCGAUGGCUCCCUUAAUCCUCUGCCGCUAGUUUGA